AUGCCUCUCCACACACCAGUGCUGUCCCUCAUGCCACUCUACACACCAGUGCUGUCCCUCAUGCCACUCCACACACCAGUGCUGUCCCUCAUGCCACUCUACACACCAGUGCUGUCCCUCAUGCCACUCUACACACCAGUGCUGUCCCUCAUGCCUCUCCACACACCAGUGCUGUCCCUCAUGCCACUCUACACACCAGUGCUGUCCCUCAUGCCACUCCACACACCAGUGCUGUCCCUCAUGCCUCUCCACACACCAGUGCUGUCCCUCAUGCCUCUCCACACACCAGUGCUGUCCCUCAUGCCACUCUACACACCAGUGCUGUCCCUCAUGCCACUCUACACACCAGUGCUGUCCCUCAUGCCACUCCACACACCAGUGCUGUCCCUCAUGCCACUCUACACACCAGUGCUGUCCCUCAUGCCUCUCCACACACCAGUGCUGUCCCUCAUGCCUCUCCACACACCAGUGCUGUCCCUCAUGCCACUCUACACACCAGUGCUGUCCCUCAUGCCACUCCACACACCAGUGCUGUCCCUCAUGCCUCUCCACACACCAGUGCUGUCCCUCAUGCCACUCCACACACCAGUGCUGUCCCUCAUGCCACUCUACACACCAGUGCUGUCCCUCAUGCCACUCUACACACCAGUGCUGUCCCUCAUGCCACUCUACACACCAGUGCUGUCCCUCAUGCCACUCUACACACCAGUGCUGUCCCUCAUGCCACUCCACACACCAGUGCUGUCCCUCAUGCCACUCCACACACCAGUGCUGUCCCUCAUGCCACUCUACACACCAGUGCUGUCCCUCAUGCCUCUCCACACACCAGUGCUGUCCCUCAUGCCUCUCCACACACCAGUGCUGUCCCUCAUGCCACUCCACACACCAGUGCUGUCCCUCAUGCCACUCCACACACCAGUGCUGUCCCUCAUGCCUCUCCACACACCAGUGCUGUCCCUCAUGCCACUCUACACACCAGUGCUGUCCCUCAUGCCACUCUACAUACCAGUACAGUUUUUCAUGCCACUCCACUCACCAGUCCAUGACACUUAUGCCACUCCAAACACCAAACGCUUUUUGAUCCUUCGAUGUCGGCUCUUCCUAUCAUUGUGA